AUGAACAUCCAGCAAGCGCGACAGCCAGACCCGAGCUUCGCUCGUACAACAGCGCUCAUGGUCAACAUAUUCUCCAUGACCACAGAAGCGGUCGAUCAGCACAAGCUUCUGAGCGCGAGGGAAGUGGGCGGUCAGCUACAUCUGCGCUUCCGCCCCAAAUGGGAUAUCAGUCCCGGAAUUCUCGCUCGAGAGCGAAGGUCCGUGACAGAUGAGAGCUUCAAAGCAUUCAAGUCGCACAACUACUGCGUCUUUGCGUGCAAGCUCCUAACGGGUCUUUUGGCUUGGCUAGUCGAGGGUGGAGAUACACGGGGUCUACGAGAUCAGGCCCGUAGUCUGCGUCGAAAGCUCCACGGGCAGGAGAAGGCGGAUCGCCCAAAAACACACGGUGUUCAAAAUCACCUCCCCAACGACCACGGAGAGGGCGUCUACAUCGACCCGUCAGCGCCCCAGUACCUACGACCCGCGGGCGUAUACCCCGUCAGGGGAUACCCUGCAUACCCGGACGAGGAAGUGAGAGUGCCGAUAGAGUUCUUCUCCUUGGGAUACAAUUACUCCCAACACCUCAACAGCGUUCACGAGAACGAAGCCAGUUCGUCACGUUCCCGCACCCUGCGCAUAGAAUUCCGAACCGAAGCGAUCGUGCGAACGGUCAACAAUCGGGUAUAUCAGAAGAUGACUGGCUGCGCAUGGAAAGACGUCAUCAGGAGCGGCAAUGAUGACAAGUGGGGUGCUCUGGAGCAUGAUAUCCUGAGCUCCGUCAAGACGGAUCUCGACGUCCUGGCGAGCUACCUCGACAACAAGUACAUCCCGGGCAAUCUCGACAGGAACACACACUGGAAAGCCCUGGCUAAAUCCUGCAUGGGUACCGGUCAUGCGAAGGUCAUGGAGUCUUUGGAGCGAGCGUCGGGACUCGAGGUGACGCGGCAUCAACUUUCUUAG